CAUGAGUAUAACGAUUGAUACGGCCACACAAACAUGACUGUCAAGGCAUUAAGACAAAUAGCCAAGGGCCAGAAUGGCCUUGGCGCAUUUAUCCUGCAGUGCAAGAAGUUGGACUUUUACUACUGUGACUGGGCUGGUAGUUCCAAGGGCAUGAAUGGCUUCAUCAAGUCUCUUCUUCCCAAGUUCGCCGCUGCCAACCCUCAAGUCGAAUUCGCCAUCUCGCCCCGACCCGGCAAGCACCCCGUCAUCAUCGGCCACUACAUCAACGGUCUACACAAGCCCAUCUGUGUGCGAAACCUAUCGCCAUACGAGAUUCUUAAAAAGGCUGAGCUGUUGCGGGAUGCUAGCGGAGAAAAGCUCAAGAAACACAACCAGGCCGUUACCAGCACCAGGCCAAGUGUGCGUGGUGUCUGGUCUCCAUACCACGGCAAGGGAACGCCUGUUUAAAACUAUGGCUACCAUACUUGGGUUGUAUCUUUGUAUCUUUAGAUGUUUGUAACAAUUUGGAGGGUUGUUUGUAUUGUAGCAUUGGGUUGCGAGGAAAUAUGUAUGAGAACAAUAUCUCCAAAAUACUGAGGCAGAAUGAAAUUGCUUCACAACGACA